AUCGAUCAGCGGGAAUGGGUUCUUCCAUCAGACCUUGGAGUCAAGCCUCUCUCUUUCUCGCCCUUUUCGUCUCUGGAUUUGUUUGCACUGUUUAUAAUCGGGGAAGUAUGCUUCUUCUUUCAAUCGGAGAACGGGGAGGACGGGAAGAGAAGCGGAUUUGAACCCUUUGAGCGGAGCUCUUCCUCUUCGGAUCUUCGUCUCCUCGAUGUCUGCAUCUAAAUGGAAGUACUCUGAAAGUCCACCGAUGCAUAUAACAUCAGGGACAAUGUUCAACCCAAGUGGCCCAAAGGGGAGCCUUGGAAAGAACUCAGCCUCCCCUCAAAGGCGGCCAGCCGGAACAAGCGAAAGCCAUGAAAACAGAGCUGGGCUCUAUCCUCUUCGCCACCACCAUCAUCAUCAAAGAGUUGCAAACAAAGUUGGGGGACACUCUCCCUGGGAAAAGAAAAGUCCUCCAGAAGGUGGCCACGUUGUAGCUCCUAGCACUCCAGGAAGGUCUCCACUGAAAGUUAGCAGUCGCUCUGAUGAAUCACCUGAAGAAGGCAUUGCUGUGCCGAAGUUUGGUGACUGGGAUGAGAGCAAUCCAUCAUCGGGUGAAGCCUUUACUGACAUCUUCAACAAGGUGCAGAAAGAGAGGCAGAGUAGUGCAACAAAAGUUCCUAUGAUCAUUGAUGAUUCAUUUUAUCUCAAUAGUUACCAUCAUGAAACUGCUAGCAGCAGGCCCACUAAAUUUUGCUGCUUCAGCUGGGGAAAGAAGUGAGGAUAGUAUGGCAUAAAGUAAUAUCUUCAAAGGUUAAUAUAUUUUUGAAGAGGUUAUGUAUCAGGAGUUUCAUUCUUUUUAGUAUGUGUUUUUUAUACAGAAAAGCUUGUUUUGAAGAAGGUUUAUUCUUAUAAUACAAGGAAAAUCUGAUUUUGUGUAUCAUAAUGCAUCUAUUUCAAUAAAUAUGCUUUUAUAUUUUUA